AUGUCCUAUUUGACUGGACAAGCAAGCACUGAGUCUUCCGUUAGCAUGACUCCUGACUGCUUGGAGUCCGACGAGCCGACGACCCAAAGCGACGUGAGGCCUCGGGUGAUGGGUGUGAUCCUGAGCAUCGCCGCCUGCCUCAUCAUCCCCACCAACCUGCUGGUGGCAGUCGCUCUAUUAAAGGUACUCCUUAAGAAGAGCAGCCAGAGCUGGUGCUUCGUCCUCAACUUGGCACUGGCCGACGCCCUGGUGGGUGUGGCCAUCACUGGCCUGGCCACAGAAGACUUCAACAGCAACGGCAACAGUGUCCCUCAGAACCGGCACAGUCACGUUACUGCUGACCCUCCCACGAACGCCACACCUCUUGCUCAGGGGAAGACCCGGUGUUUGAUGCGGAUGGCCUUUGUGACAUCGCCCUGCACAGCCUCCAUCAUGUCCAUGUUCCUGAUCUCACUUGACCGCUACGCAGCCAUCAAGAUGCCCUUGCGGUACUCCCUGCUGUCUGGUAAGGGGACAGCGGUGGGCUCCUUGCUGGCUCUGUGGAUCAGCUCCUUCACUGUGGGAUUCUUGCCAGUCAUGGUGCGGCAGCUGCAGGCGGAGGGCUACGACGGCUUUUGUGCCUUCUUCUCCGUCAUCCACGAAGUGGGCAUCAUCGUCUUAUUCAGCGUGUGCUUCUUCCCUGUGUUCUCUGUGUUCGUCUACAUCUACCUGGACAUCCUGAAGAUCGCCUGCAGCCACCAGAAGCAGAUCUGCCAAGUGAGGCAAGCAGGCUCCAGGACAGCUGACCGACUUUGCCAUCAACCCUGUCAACAUUACCACCACCAUCAGCAGCUGAGAAGCGGUUACUGGAGUCAUGUGAAGGCCCUGAGGACAGUGGCUGUGCUUGUGGGCUGCUUCUUGGUACUCUGGUGCCCCUUCUUCGUGGUGUGCAUAGUUCACGUUCUGUGUAAAAGCUGUGAACUCACGGACGUGUUGGAGAAUUAUCUGUGGCUGCUGGGACUGUCCAACUCCCUGAUCAACCCGCUGGUCUACGCCUUUUGGCAAAGGGAGGUGCGGCUGCAGUUAGCAGCCAUGUUUUCCUGCUUUACAGGCAGGUGGGUGGCCGCUGGACCACCAGGUAUCACCGAAAGAUAUGACCCUCAGUCACCUGUGCAGACUCAAGCCUGUGUUUCUGGUGGAGACAGCAUUAACCCCUCGCUGUUGCGGCCAAUUACCUGCAACAGCGAGGCUCACACUGCGGCAAUAUCUGCCACGACUAACUUAUGA